CACCGCACCCCUGACCGUAAUAAUCAAUCACCACAGGAGUCGGUGCAACCGAAACGUCACGAAGACGGCAGGUAGGUGACCCGGUCUCAUCAUCAUAAUCCAGAAUUCCCGGUCGGUAGAUUAUAUCAUGGCAAAUGCGUGCCAUGUGAGCUGCGAGCGUAGCUAGCUAGCCAGCCAUCGGGCAGAAGCAACCGACCCGUUUCGACGAUCGCGAGAGUACAUAGCCCGCAGCGGCGGGCACGAGGCGGAACAUUCCGAGUUUCCCAGGCUCCAAGAAGAAGAGGAAGAAGAAGCGCGGGGCGUUCUGCUGCGGAUCCUGUGAUGCAGGCGCCCGCCGAGAGAACGUGGUCGCCGAUGUCCACGGAGGCCAACCCCUAUGCCAUGCCGGCGCCGGCGCAGAAGAGCACCAAGGAGACGGUGAAGAACGCGCUGUCGCUGUGGGGGCGGAAGGUCGGCGAGGCGAGCAGGAAGGCCGAGGACCUGUCGCGCAACACAUGGCAGCACCUUCGGACGGCGCCUAGCAUGACGGAGGCGGCCGUGGGGAGGAUCGCGCAGGGGACCAAGGUGCUGGCGGAGGGCGGCCACGACAGGAUCUUCCGGCAGGCCUUCAGCGCCCCGCCGGACGAGCAGCUCCGCAAGUCCUACGCCUGCUACCUCUCCACGUCCGCCGGCCCGGUCAUGGGGGUCAUGUACCUCUCCACCGCCCGGGUCGCCUUCUGCAGCGACACCCCGCUCUCCUACGAGGCCCACGCCGGCGACAACACGGAAUGGAGCUACUACAAGGUGGCGAUUCCUCUGCACCGGCUGAGGGCGGCCAUCCCGUCGGCCAGCAAGGUCAAGCCGGCGGAGAAGUUCAUCCAGCUCGUGUCGAUGGAGAACCACGAGUUCUGGCUGAUGGGCUUCGUCAACUACAGCAGCGCCGUCGUGCACUUGCAAGAGGCUCUCAGCGGCUUCCACAACCUGCAAGCCUGACGACGACGACGACCCGCAUCGCACACGCCUGCGGUCUGUGGUACUGGUAUUUUCGCCAAUCGUCAGACGUGGGAGUGUUUGUGCAGUUCCUACUGUUUUCAUGUUGGCGUUGCAGAGGAGCCGAGUCAUUGCAGCAUGCUGUUUACUAAGAGCAUUCAGACGACCGUGACAAUAUUAUUUGUGGUGAAGAUCAUGGCAA